AUGUACAUCCGGUAUAUGUUGCUUAUCAGUGAAUGGUAUGCUAAAAAUCACGCGUAUUUGUUUAUGGGUCGAUUUGCUGGCGACGAGUGGGGCAGCUUAAAGUUCAUGAUUCGGGCCGGCUGGAAACUGGGCUGUGGCGUUGCGGCGGCAGUGAUUGUCAUCGAAGAGUCCUAUUCAUAUUGGAAAUACGGUUGUACUCAUUGGGGAAGGCAGCAUCAUUAG